AUAAGUGAGUUCCUGUCAGAGGCAGACUUCAUACCAUGGAGUUCUUGGUUCUCAGUUUUGUUUUUUACAUGAGAGCUCAAUAUACACGAAGCAUGUUGAAUUCUUGAACUGCUCUACCAACAUGUUAGCUAUGCUGCUUACAUGGGAUGAAUGUAUGAAUAAACGGAUAACUGUAUUUCUGAUCAUAGCAUUGUGGGAUAUCUUAGCAGGUACUUGAGUCACUUAAGCCUGCAAUGAACCACCCCCUCCAACUCCCUGCUGGGCUCAUGGCCAGUAGGGAAGAUGUGAGGAUGGAGGAGUGUUCUUGCCAGGGUUGUUGCUAGCUGCUGGAAGGAAUGAGGGCACAGGCCCAUGACUGACAAUUUCAGUGUACUCAGCUACCAAGUAAACAAAGAAAAAGAAGUUUAAAAAUGGAGGGGAAAGCUCAGAAGAUUUGGGGUCCAGCACAUACCACCCAGGGCUUCAGUCCCUUGGGUCACCCCCUAACAAGAAGCCUAGGAAUUGAAAUUUUCCAUCCUUUUCCAGUUUCAAACAAACAAGCUAUUCUCACCUAUUUGGAGCAAAGGAAAGGAACUAAACCAUGUCUGCUAUGCUAUGCUAUUCUCUUCCCUAGUUGAUGGGAGAAGGGGUGUCAUGGGACUGCGAAGGCAGUGAAUCCUUUAGAUCCAAGCCUUCCCCUGGUCCAUCCUGUCAUGCUCCCAAUCCACCCAGGCAGGCACACCUCUUUUCAACCCUACCAAUGUUGGCACUUCAAAAGAUUCUAUUAUUUAGCAUUCAGGAUUUUAUGCAUGCAGUUUUGUUCCUUGAUUAAAUGAAGUUGCAUUGACAGCUGGAUACCAUGUGCAGCUUUCCAAAUUACUGAAAGGACUGUAGAGAUUUCUGAGUAGCUUUCUGGUGCGUUUUUUGCCCUGGCAAAUUGGAAUCUUCAUAUUGUUUGCAUAUGUAGAGGGGUUGGCCCAUAUCUGAGUGGUUGUGAAAUAGCUGGGGUGUUGUAUAAGGUCAAAAGCACACACCACAAACUAAAUGAAAUCAGCAAAGUGUCUAUUGUAACUGGACAAAUGGGCAGGUGGGGAAAAUGGCAAAGGUAAAUACUGACACAGUACAUCUGCUAAAGGAGAAAACUACACAAACAAACCAGAAAAUGUGUGGGCAUAAAGUGACAAACUAGGACUUGAGAUGUAGCACUAUUUUCAGUGAAAUUAUGUAAAGAUAAACACAAUUUUCAGACACGUCCUUAGGCUAUCCAUACACAGUCUAAGAUGCCUGUAAAUACCUAAUACUGUACAAUUUUUUUAACUUUGUUUAAAAGUCUUUUAUUAUAAAUUAUUAUAAAUGAUGAUUAUAAAUAUCAUUCUCAUACUGCAGUCUGAUUUUUCUAAAGAAGCAUUUUAUAAAUACAUUAAUUUGCUUGGAUGAAGAUUAGAGGGUGGAAAUAGUGCUAUAAAUUCAUUACUGCUUUUUCUUUGCUGUAAAUACUCAUUUAAAGCUGGUUUCUUUUAACCUAUUAUAAUGGUGAACAGAUAACACUUUAUAACAGACAUAUUCACAUAUCCUGUAUCAGAAUAUAGUUUGGGUCAUUGAAUGUAAACACCACCAUGCCAUGUCAUGAAUUAGGGGAGAAAAAUCACUGGGGAAAGAUUGCAGUUCUCUGUUUCAGACUCACAGUGUCACUGUUGGACAAGGCGGCAAUCCAAGGGCAGCUGAAGUUCCACUGAUGCUUAUUGCAGAGCGAUUUCUUUGUCCCAAACUGCACAUCGGGAAUACCAGCAGAUGCUGGAACAAACGUUUCAGCUGAAAAAAGGAAAACACUGCAGCAUAUCUAAAUUACGCCAAAGGAUCCAAUUCUUUUUUUACUCCUGUCUUGGUGGAAAUCUGAAAUCUUGUGCUCAUCAAAGAGAAGAAGAAAAUGAAGAGGAAAGGAAUCCUUCAUGGAGAGAGCUUGCAAACACCAGGAAGGCAUAUGACCCUUCUGAUAUUAUCAUCUUUGUUUUGUGGAGCAGUUUUGGAAGAGGUUAACUAUUCCAUCCCUGAGGAGAUGGCAAAGGGGUCUUUGGUGGGAAAUCUUGCCAAGGAUUUGGGACUAAAUGCCAGAGAACUGAGGAAUAGAAACCUGCAUAUCAUUUCUGAAGGUAAAAAGCCAUAUUUCACUAUCAAUGCUGAAAAUGGAAACCUGUAUGUGAAUGAGAGGAUAGAUCGUGAGGGAAUGUGCAGAGAGAGCACACAAUGCAUUAUUGAUUUUGAAGCUGUGAUUGAAAAGCCAUUGAAUGUUUUCCAUGUAAGCGUAGCAAUCCAGGAUAUUAAUGAUAACAUCCCACAAUUUCUAGAAGCCAAUAUUAGACUUGAAAUAAUUGAAUCCACAUUGCCAGGUGCUAGAUUUCUCCUUGGGAAAGCUGAAGAUGCUGAUAUUGGGAUUAAUGCUCUCCAAAACUACCAGUUAAGCCUAAAUCAGUUCUUUGUAUUAGAAAUUAAACACAGUCCAGAUGGCCAUAAAUAUGCAGAGUUGGUGCUGCAGAAACCUUUGGAUCGGGAAAGUGAGCACUCCCUGCAGUUGAUUCUUAUGGCCGUGGAUGGAGGUGAACCCAGAAAAACUGGGACUGCUCAGGUAUGGAUUAAUGUCACAGAUGCCAAUGACAACCCACCGGUCUUCACUCAAGAGGUUUAUACAGUUAGCCUGAGAGAAAAUUCUCCUGUGGGGUCCCCCAUACUCCAAGUAAAAGCCUCUGAUAGGGAUCAAGGUUCAAAUGGUCAGAUCAGUUACACAUUCAGUAAAGUCCCAGAAAAAGUCUAUGAGAAAUUUAGACUAGAUCCACAAAGUGGAACAAUUGCAAUUAAGGAGACCCUUGACUUUGAGGAAACAGAGAAGUACACUAUGGCAAUAGAAGCAAGAGAUGGAGGAGGAUUAGUGGCUCACUGUAAUGUUGAUAUAAAGAUUAUAGAUGAGAAUGACAAUGCUCCAGAGAUCAUCGUGGCCUCCUUAUCUAGUCCAAUUCCCGAAGACUCUGCUUCUGGAACACUAAUUGCUCUCAUCAAUGUAAAGGAUAAAGAUUCUGGAGAAAAUGGAAAAAUUACGUGCCAUCUACAAGGUAAUGUACCAUUUAAAAUAGUGUCAGCUUCAAGAAACUACUAUAAAGUCCUCACAGACAGUCCUUUGGACAGAGAAAAAGCCUCAGGAUACAACAUCACAAUCACAGCCACCGACAAAGGUAGCCCCCCUCUCUCCUCCAACAAAACCAUCUCCCUGCAGAUUUCAGACAUCAAUGACAACCCCCCUGCCUUUGAAAAAUCAACCUACAGUGUCUUUGUGCCAGAAAACAAUCCCUCAGGUGCCUCCAUUUUCUCCAUCAAAGCCUCGGACCCGGAUCUAGACCGCAACUCACGUAUCACUUACUCCAUCCUCAACAGCAACAUGGAGGAGCUGCCUCUCUCCUCUUAUGUCUCCAUCAACUCUGAGACGGGAACUAUCUAUGCACAGCGCUCCUUUGACUAUGAGCAAUUCAGGGAGUUUCAGAUCCAAGUGAAGGCCCAAGAUGGCGGCUCUCCCUCUCUCAGCAACACCACCACCAUGUGGGUGUACAUUUUGGAUCAGAACGAUAACAGCCCUCGGGUUCUGUAUCCUCUCCCAGGCGCUGAGGGCUCUGCCUUGUUUGAGAUGGUUCCUCACUCAGCAGAGCCAGGCUACCUAGUGACCAAAGUGGUGGCUGUGGACGCGGACUCUGGGCACAAUGCUUGGCUCUCCUACCAAGUGCUGCAGGCCACGGAGCCGGCCCUCUUCACCAUUGGGACCCACACAGGAGAGAUCAGGACGUCACGAGCCCUUCUGGAGAAAGAUGCUGUGAAGCAGAAGCUGGUCAUCUUGGUGAAGGACAAUGGGAAGUCUCCGCUUUCAGCUACUGUGGUCCUCAACCUUGUGAUUGCCGAGAACUUCCAAGAGGCACUUCCAGAAAUGACUAGGCAGUCCAGUGACACAGAGCAUCAUUCUGACCUCCAGUUUUACUUGGUGCUGGCUUUGGCAUUGAUCUCAUUUUUAUUCCUCCUGACGGUGAUACUGGUCAUUGUCAUGAAACUUCGACAAUCAGGAAAUCCCAAAUUAUUCCAAUGCUUUGAACCUAAUGCUUUUUCUAAGGCGCAGGUCAUAUUUCCACCAAACUAUGAAGAAGGCACUUUACCUUAUUCCUACCAACUCUGCCUAUCGUCAGAAAUGAGGAAAGAGCAGAUCUCUUUCCCAAAACCCCAUAUCCAGGGGGCAGAAAACUUGCUAUGCAAUGAUAGCUCUCAGGUGGUUCUUGUGGAUGGCAACAUUGGGGAUGCCAAUGCCAAAGAGGAGGUUGGUGAGCAGGUAAGCUUUGCUUUCAGAAACAGCCUAUCCUUAUAGGAAUAAAACUAAUAUUUUU